AAAACGUUACAAAAAAACUUACCACCCUCUUCAGCACGUGCAGCUCUAUCUAUCCGGGGCCAACGCUUAUUUUGUUAUUAUUUUAUUGACGGUUUUUCAAAACAAUAAAAAAAAUAGCAAUCUUUACAACUCUCAAUUAAAAUUGUUUGUUUUUUUUACUCAAAAUUCCAAUAGAUAACCUUCGUCUAUUUAUCUAUUUAUAAGUUGCGUUGAGUGACAUUUCUCCUACCCACAUAGUUUUUCAUUCAUUAUUUUUGAUUCGUCUACUUUUACUAAUUGGGUGUGACGAAAUCGUGCGAGGCCGGUCAGUAACCAAAAAAAAAAAAAUAUUUAUCUUAUUAGAAAAUUUUAUAAAUAAAAAUGGGUAAGAAGCAACAACAGAAGAAAAAACAACAACAGCAAACUCAAGGCCAGCAACAACAACAACAACAGCAAUUGCAUCAAGUGUCUACCGACCAACAGCCGACAACUUCUGCUGCCAAAGAAAUUGCCGGUGGCUCAUUCAAACGCAUUUCUGCCCAAAAACGAAAUGAGCUCAAUGAGCUUGUUAUGAAUCUGCGAAAGAUUACUUUCUUGCGCAAAUUUAAUCCAAAUGAGCAAUGGCAGGAUUAUGUUGAGAUGCAGGCAAUUCUCGAGCGCAUCCAGACGAUUGAGAGUUGUCUUAAAUUUAAGGGAUCCGGGGGUAAAAAUCGUGCUGCCAAUGUUGAGGCAUUUAAUAAAUGGGCUGACGAAAAUGAUGUCAAACACGAUGGUGUUCGAAUCGCUGAGUUUCCUGGAUUCGAUUUGGGUUUGGAGGCAACUAAAGACAUAAUAAAAGGAGAUCCGAUUAUAAUUGUUCCAAGGAAGCUUAUUCUUUCGGAAGAGUUACUCGGAUCCAGAAUGUCUUUGUUGCCUUUUGAACCCAAAAUGAUGUCGAAUUUGAAGUUGACUUAUGUGUUGAUGUGGGAAAAGGUCAAUCCGGAGAGUUUCUGGAAACCUUACAUUGACCUUUUGCCGGAGAAAUAUUCAACUGUGUUGUAUUAUUCGGUGAAUGAUAUGCAAGAGCUGAAGGGAACCAGUGCAUUGUCACAAGCCAUUGCACAGUGUAAGAAUAUUGCGAGACAGUAUGCUAUGAUGUAUCAGAAUUUUCAACAAAUGAAGCAAAAAAGUGUGCUGGCAGAGAGAUUCAGCUAUGAUUUAUACAGGUGGGGUGUUUCUACGGUAAUGACAAGAGAAAAUAUCAUCCCACGAUUAGAUCAGCCUGAAGAUGAAGAUUCAACUCAUGGUUUCGAUACAAUAGCUUCGCUGAUUCCUUUCUGGGACAUGGCGAACCACAAAGAUGGAACUAUUACCUCCUUUUUUAAUAUGGAACUAUGUCAACUAGAAAGUUCUGCACUAACAGACUUUCAAAAAGGUGAACAAAUAUUUAUUUACUAUGGCGAUCGUUCAAAUGCUGACCUACUUGUGCACAAUGGUUUCGUUUAUCCAGACAAUAAAAAAGACAGUGUUAGCAUAAAACUUGGCCUAAGUAGCUCUGAUGAGCUGCUAACCGAACGUACCAAACUCCUUGAAAUGCUAGAAAUACCAAAGAAUACGGAACUCAAAGUCUUCCAAGCGCCUCUCUUUAUCUCACCGAAAUUGCUAGCAUUUGUUCGAAUUUUUAAUAUGAACAAAGAGCAAUUGGAACAUUGGAUAGAAAAUCGAGCUACCGAUCUGUUUCACAUCGAUUGCGCGCUAGAAACUAGUCUUGAGUCAAAAACGUGGCUGUUCCUUCAAACACGACUGAGCCUUCUAUUAAGAGUUUUUCCAACCACGUUGGAAGAAGAUGAAUUAGCAUUACAAAACCAUGAAAAGGGCCAAACAAAAGUGGGUUACUUAAAGGCCCUAAUCUUGCAAUAUCGAAUUCUUGAAAAACGAAUCCUUACAAAUGCCCUAGAUUAUGCCAAACAACGGACAAAAGCUUAAAAGAGCAGUGUUCAACAAACAACUCAUUGAAUGUUGUUGCAAGUUCUUGUCGAAUCGUAAAGCCGAAUAUAUAUUUUUGUAAUGUUUUGAGCAUUUUAUAGUCAUAUCAUAAAUAGAGUGUGUUAUCCUUGUUUGGAUUUCUUGGUGCAUUUUUUUUGUUUGACGGAAUAAAAAAAAAAGAAAAGUGUGUGUUCUAUAUUAGGUUCAAAAAUUAAUGUGUUUAACUCAGUUGUUUUUUAUUAAUGAACAAAUUAAUGUAGCUUGAGUGUUUUUUUUUUAACAUUUUUUCAUCUUCUAAUUUUAUCUCGUAAUAUUUAUUUUCAUUUUUUUAAAUUUACUUAAUUGGAUAC